AUGCGCUCUCUAUGGAUAGCUGUCGCGCUUCAGCUGGCGUUGUUCCUGUCGCCUGCGAUAUCCCAGAACUCCUCUAGCCUGUCCGUCACUAUCGAUUCUGGUCCCAUCGUGGGCAGAAGAACUCAACAUCUUGAUUCCACAACCACAGUGAAGCAAUUCCUAGGCAUUCCGUUCGCCCAGCCGCCCAUAGAUGACCUGCGCUUUUUGCCUCCCGACCCGCCACACUCCUGGACUGAAGUCUACAAUGCGACUUCACAGCCGAUGGCAUGCAUCCAAUAUUCGGGCCCUGCGGGCCCUGCUAGGGACUUGGGAAAGCUCCUUUUCAACACACCGGGCCCACCUGGGGAAAGCGAGGAUUGUCUCUACUUGAACGUCUAUGUCCCCGAGGGCGGAGUGGAGGACAAAGCUGUCUUGUUCUGGAUAUAUGGCGGUUCAAACAGGGCCGGCGCUGCGUCGGAGCCUCUCUAUGACGGAACUAGCCUUGCAGCGAACCAUGAUAUCAUUGUUGUGGCAAUAAAUUAUCGGUUGAAUGUCUUUGGUUUCCCCAGAGCCCCUCAACUCCCUCCUGCAGAGCGAAACUUGGGGACUCUAGACCAGAGGCUAGCUCUUGAUUGGGUUCAGCGGAAUAUUCACGCCUUUGGAGGCGAUCCAACCAAGGUGACGGUUAUGGGAGAAUCAGCCGGCGCUAUGGCUGUAGGGAACUUCAUUAAUACAUAUCCUGAUGACCCACCAUUCCGGGCAGGAGUACUUCAGUCUGGAAGUAGCGUGGUCAAAGUCCCUCCUGGAACACCGAACAACGAUACCACAUUCUGGACAAACCUGAUUGAGUACCUCAACUGCGCCGGUACUUCGGAAAGUGGAAUCCUUGACUGCGCGCGUGCAGUGCCCGCCGAUACACUUAGGACAAUAAUAGACAAUAAUGCAAUGGCAUUUGGCGAUCCGUUCAUGGACAACGUCACUGUUCUUGAAUACCCAGCCACAGUCUGGGCAACGGGUGACGUUGCAAAGGUCCCUAUCCUCAUCGGCUCGACUGCGGACGAUGGUAGUGUUUUCACCUUAGGGAUUGGCGACAACAACGUCACCGCGUUCAUUGAAGCAAGCUUUGGGGUUGGCAGUACCCUAAGUCAAAUAAUCAACCAACUCUAUACCACCGACCCGACAACGACAGUUGGUCUCACCACUGGUCAGCAAAUAAUCUCCCAGAUCGCGACUGACGCCACGUUUCGAUGUACCAGCGGCUUCGUCGCCAAUCUCACCUCGACGCUGCUUGACGUGCCGGUUUGGCAAUAUGUAUUCGACGCUUUGGUUCCUAGCAAUACGUGGGAGGCAUAUCCUGAACUUGGGGUCUACCACGCGUCAGAGAUAGCGCUUAUUUUCGGCACCUACCCGAGGGAGAACUCUACCGAGACGGAAGCUAGAUUGAGCCGAUCCAUGCAGAAGCAGUUUGCUGACUUUGUGAAGGACCCCGUACAGGGCCCAGGCUGGAACCAGUGGCCUGAUGUGGCCGUGCUAAGCGUGAGUGAGGAUGAUGCUGUAACAACGGUCGAGAACGUGCGUGAAUUGGACGAGGUUUGUAUAGCAUGGGACAGCCUGUACACCGCGGCAUUGUCAUCCACAUCUGGGACCACCACCAACUCUGCCACUUCCUCCGGUUCUACUGGCACGGACUCAAUUGGCACCAACAACGCUGGACCUACACUGACAGGUAGUCUCGGUACGGUUGGUGUGGCUCUCCUUGGUCUUGCAGCCCUGCUGUGA